ACCUUAUAACGGACCAGAAAGUCUCACAUUUCCCUCCGUCUUCUCUAAGAUUCCAAAACCUAGAACUUUCUUCACUGAUUGACUUCAAGAAACAAGAACAUGAGUGUCGAACCUUUUAACAGGCUGGUGAAGCUCGCAGCAAGAGCAUUCUACGAUGACAUAACGACGAAAGGGGAUAAUCAACCCAAAACGGGUCGAAGUGACGACAGAGGCAUCGCCGUCGUGGUGCUCGAUGCACUCACUAGACGUCAAUGGGUAAGAGAAGAGGAUUUGGCCAAGGACUUGAAAUUACGUUCGAAACAGCUUCGUCGAACCUUACGAAAAUUCGAGGAAGAAAAACUGGUUACCCGAGAUCAUAGGAGAGAGACUGCUAAAGGAGCAAAUAUAUUUAGUGCUGCUGUAGCUGCCACAGUUGCUGGUCAACAGACAGCACAAGCGGGGGAGGAAAAGAUUAAGAUGCACACUCACUCAUACUGUUGCCUUGAUUAUGCUCAGAUAUACGAUGUGGUUAGGUACAGAUUGCAGUGUAUGAAGAAAAAACUGAAAGAUGAAUUGGAGAACAAGAACACAGUUCAGGAGUACAUAUGCCCUAAAUGUGGGAAAAGGUAUACUGCAUUGGAUGCUUUGCGGUUAAUCUCUUUGGAUGAUGAAUAUUUUCAUUGUGAAAAUUGUAAUGGGGAACUUGUGGCUGAGAGUGACGCAUUAGCUUCUCAAGAAGGAGGAGAAGGAGAUGACAAUGCGAGGAGGCAAAGGCGUGCAAAGUUAAAGGACAUGCUUCAAAAGAUGGAGGUACAACUCAAGCCUUUAGUGGAGCAACUUGGUAGAGUAAAAGACUUGCCUGUUCCUGAAUUUGGUGGUCUUCAAGCAUGGGAGGCUCAAGCAAGAGCUGCUGGUCGUGCAGCAAAUGGUGAUUCUAGUGCCAUUGAUCCUUCUAGAUUUUCUCAGGUGCUGGGGUAUGGUGGAACAUCAUUGCCUUUUUUCGGAGACACUAAGAUUGAAGUUGACUUUUCUGGGGCUGAAGGCAGGCCAGAUGAUACUAAAUCUGAAAAUAAGAGUGCAUCUCUGAAAGUUUUGCCGCCAUGGAUGAUCAAGGAAGGAAUGAACCUGACAAAGGAGCAACAGGGAGAGGUCAAGCAGGAGUCAAAGAUGGAAGGCAGCUCAGCAUCUUUAGAAUUUUCAGAUGACAAGAAGUCAACUAUCGUGAAUGAUGAUAAGAAGAAUGUACAGGAUGAGUAUCUCAAGGCUUACUAUGCCGCCUUACUCAAGAAGCAGCAAGAGCUAGAAGAAGGUGCCAAGCAACAAGAUGAAUUGUCAAAUGCACAAUCCUUCAAUGGUAUCUCUGGCAUGACUUCUAAUCGCCAAGUUGGAAUGAAAUCGAAACGUGAGGAGGAUGAGGGCGAUGAUGUGGAAUGGGAAGAGGCUCCAGUUGCAGGCAAUGCAAAUGAGAAUUACAAAGCUCAUGACUUGAACAUUCAAGCUGAUGCUUUGGGAGACGACAGCGACGAUAUAUACUGGGAGGAAGGUCCAAGAGAGUAGUGGAUGGUUGGAAGAGAGUAGUUUUCUAGCCUAACAGUUGGGCCUAGCGAUUUUCCAAAUUCUGAGUCCGAGAAUGUCUCGAUGUGGGGCUAAACCGCAAUGCAUUCUGUCAGAUAGUUUGAAAGCUUUGGCAUCUUGACAUAUGCAGGGUUCGGUUUCCUGACGGGAUUGCACGUUCAACUAUGACUCUUAACGUUUAUUACAUUGGGCUUGGUCGUUAGUGUUCUUUCCCAACAAACAAUGAAAAAGAUUAUAUACCGUACAAAUUUAAAUGUUACAAACUUACAUUAUCGGAAUAAUACGAAAUAAUUGGUCUUAUCUCAUGAUUGGCCAUCUAUUGCAAGAA